GGUCAGACAGUUUCUGGGCUUGCGCGCUGGGCUCCCGCUGCAUCUCCGUCAUGGUCAACCUGGGCCUUUCCCGAGUGGAUGACGCCGUAGCCGCUAAACAUCCGGGCCUUGGUGAAUACGCCACAUGCCAGUCGGCGGCUUUCGUAAAGGGCCUUUUCGCCUGGGUGACAGGCACCGGGGCCACUUUCACCCUGCAGACUGUCCUUAAAAAGAAGCUUCUGUACCCCUUCAAGUGGCAAGUGCUCGUGGCCGUGGUUUCAGGCUCAGUGGCCAGCUACUAUGUGACCCGAGUGGAGUCUCAAAAGUGCAGUGUUCUCUGGCUUUUCCUGGAGACAGGGCAGCUCCCCGAAGACAAGGGUGCAGGUGAGGAAUGGCACAGGUAUUGCCACCCAGGUCAGUAGAGUUGGGGGCUGGAUUUGUGGGAGGGAGCCCUGAAAGAAGGGUGAGCCAAGGAAAGAGAUGUAUGCACCAGUGUGUGCAGUCAGGCCUGACCAUGCCACCCAGAGGACCUGCCCCACUCAACGCCUAGGUGUGGCCACACCUCUUCUGUCUCUUAUCACAGAUACCAUUUGCCCCUUC